GAUGAGUUGCACAGGUAGCCAUGGAGGCGGCAGGAGCGCUGGCCAGCUUGGCACCGUCGCCCAUCACCGUAUUGGGUCUGAUACCACUCCUGGCACUCGGGAUCACGUACUUCAGAUACCAACAAUUCGACCCGGAGUCUUAUAUUACGGAAGUCAAUGCUGUGAUGCCGAUCUACGACUUUGUGAUAGUCGGCGGCGGUUCAGCCGGCGCAGUGGUCGCGUCGCGGCUCUCCGAGAUCGGCAACUGGACAGUGCUGCUCCUGGAGGCCGGUCAAGACGAAUCAGAGAUCUCUGACAUCCCCGCGCUGGCGGGCUACACGCAGCUCUCCGAAAUGGACUGGCAGUUCCAGACCACGCCUUCAAACAACCGCUCCUACUGCCUCGCGAUGAAUGGUGACCGUUGCAACUGGCCUAGAGGCAAGGUACUCGGCGGCUGCAGCGUACUCAAUGCUAUGGUGUACGUGCGAGGCAAUCGCAACGACUAUGAUCUGUGGGAGGCUCUCGGCAACCCCGGCUGGUCCUACGAUCAAGUGUUGCCAUACUUUUUAAAGUCCGAAGACAAUCGUAACCCGUACUUAGUUAGCACGCCCUACCACGCUGCAGGCGGAUAUCUCACGGUCCAAGAAGCACCGUGGCGCACGCCACUGUCGGUAACGUUCUUGAAAGGCGGCAUGGAACUUGGUUACGAAAACCGUGACAUAAACGGCGCUAAACAGACGGGCUUCAUGUUGACCCAGGCGACGAUGCGGCGCGGCAGCCGCUGCAGUACGGCCAAGGCCUUCCUCAGACCUGUGAGACAGAGAAGCAACCUGCACGUAGCCUUAGGAGCCCAAGUUACAAGGAUUCUUAUUAAUCCUGUGAAAAAACAGGCGUAUGGCGUAGAAUUUAUUAGAAAUGGCCAACGUCAGAAAGUCAGAAUUAAACGAGAAGUUAUCAUGUCUGCUGGUGCCUUAGCAACACCUAAACUAAUGAUGUUGAGUGGUGUUGGGCCUGCUGACCACCUCAGGGAACAUGGGAUUCCACUGAUCGCAAAUCUAAAAGUCGGUCACAAUUUACAGGACCACGUAGGGCUUGGUGGCUUAACUUUUGUAGUCAACAAACCUGUGACAUUUAAAAAGGACCGUUUCCAAACUUUUAAUGUUGCUAUGAAUUACAUCUUGUACGAAAAAGGCCCGAUGACGACCCAAGGCGUAGAAGGACUUGCAUUCGUCAACACUAAAUACGCCCCGUCCUCUGGCAACUGGCCCGACAUACAAUUUCAUUUCGCGCCCAGUUCGGUAAACUCUGACGGCGGAGAGCAGAUUAGAAAAAUAUUGAAUUUGCGUGACAGAGUGUAUAACACUGUUUACAAACCGAUUGAGGACGCUGAAACUUGGACGAUACUCCCGUUACUGUUAAGACCGAAGAGUUCUGGAUGGAUAAAAUUGAAAAGCAGGAAUCCCUUCCAUCCACCUGUCAUAGAGCCUAACUACUUCGCUUACAAGGAGGACAUAAAAGUUUUGAUAGAAGGUAUAAAGAUCGCAAUGGCUUUAUCGAACACGACAGCUUUCCAGAGGUACGGGUCGAGGCCGCACAACAUUCCUAUGCCGGGUUGCCAGCACCACGUGUUGUUCAGUGACGAGUAUUGGGAAUGUAGUUUGAAACACUUCACGUUUACUAUAUACCAUCCCACUGGGACGUGUAAGAUGGGUCCCAAGCAGGACAUAGACGCUGUGGUGGACCCGCGGCUGCGCGUGCACGGGGUCGCCAACCUCAGGGUUGUCGACGCGAGCGUGAUGCCUACCAUCAUAAGUGGGAACCCUAACGCUCCCGUCAUCAUGAUCGCUGAGAAGGCAUCGGACAUGAUUAAGGAGGACUGGCUUGUGUUAUGACAGUGUUAUAUUAUAGUGAAUGUAAAAUACUCAGUCAUGAACAAAAUUGGUAUCGUAAAAUACUCUAUAAGUAAAAUAUUAUCUUAUUGAAAGUAAUUAUUGUAAUGUUAAGACUGUAAAUAUACGAAAUAAGGUUUCUAGUGUACGUAUUUUACUUUCGGAGUAUAUUAAGCGUUACGUAUUGUAACAAAACUUACCUAUUGUUACGGUACGGCAUACAAUAAAAUUAUAAAACAUA